UUCCUUCAUUCAAUCCAAUAGUUGCAUAAAACCAACAUCAAACCAAACAUAGCAAAAAAAGAUAAAAAGAUGGUGUGUUUACCGAUGAAGAGAUCAAGAGAAGAUGCGUACGACACGACCAUAACUAACAUGGCAAAUUACUUGAUGCUUCUUUCAAGGGGCACUGGCACCGGCGCUGAAUCUUAUGAAGUUGAUCAAGUUACCCGAGUUUUUGAGUGCAAAACGUGUAACCGUCAGUUCACGUCUUUUCAAGCACUUGGAGGCCAUAGGGCUAGCCACAAAAGGCCUAGGCUUGUUGAUGGUGACCACGUGGCAAGUCAUCAUGACGAGAUGUUACCACCUAAGCCAAAAUCUCACAAGUGCUCGAUUUGUGGGCUCGAGUUUGCUAUUGGACAAGCGUUGGGAGGACAUAUGAGGCGGCAUAGGGCCGCUUUGAGCACCACCGAUGACCAAACUCCCCCGUCGAUUGAAUUGUCAUCGCCGGUGGUAAAGAAAGUGAACAGUAGACGGGUUUUCAGUUUGGAUUUGAACUUGACACCGUUAGAGAAUGAUCCCGGGUUUAGAGAUGAUGAUGAGAAGGUGACUCCAAUCACCGUUGACUUUUUCUUAUAAUUGGAGUUUGAUGCAUUAUUAUUGUUGAGACUGUUUUUACAUUAUUUUUUUUUCUUCCCUUGGGAGUUUAUUAUUUUAGUGUAGAUUGUAAUUUUCAAAGGUAGACAGAAAUAUCAUUGUAAUCAUUAAAAUUUAGUUAUACAUGACAUAAAAUCUGUUCUGAUUAUUUUUAA